GGGCGUUACUGCGGUCAGUCCUGCUUCCCAAAAAUAACAUAAUUAGGGCGAUAUGUAUACAAAAACAAAAUAAUUAAACAUAAUUUAGCAACGUGCAUGAAAUAACCAUUCAGAAGCAUUCAUAAUUAAUCCGUCUUAGCGUGAAAGGUCUUUAGACUAUCUGACACAGUAACACUUGACUUUAACGCAGCCGUGAAGUCCAGUACCAGACCUAACGUGUUUGAGUCGAACCCAACAUCCCAAUGCAUUUCAAGCCCAAUAUGACAUCAAUAUUGCAUUGGAGUGCAAUAUUGUAAAGUAAACCGUUAGUGGUUAAUGUUUUUCCAACAUUUACUUUCAUUCCUUUGCAUUCAUAGAUUUGUGAAGAUCCUUCCAAAAGACAGUGAAGCCAAUCCAACGGCCAAAUAAAUGAAAACCCGCCAACAUGACAUCCAUAUUGCACAGGAAUGCCAUAUUAUAAAGAAAUUAACUUAUUAUUUAUGAUGUACUGUACUUAUAUUACACUAUAUGACAAUCAUGUUCAAACUGCACCUUAACUGCUCUUUUGCACUUACACGUAGUCUGCACAAUGACAAUAAAGUUUAAUCUGAAUCUGAAAUGUACCACUUUAAGUGCGCCUGCUUCCCGCGGGGGGCCCGUGGCGGAGCGGCGGAGCGGCGUCACUGCGCAGAGCGGUUUGAACCAAAGAGCGGAGUGACCUUCCUCGGCUCUCAGUCUGUAGAGGGGCAGCACUGAAGCACCAAGCCGGCUCCAGCGCACCGAGCCCCCCAAUACAGCCGCAGACAUGAACAACAACUUAGCCGGAGAUGAAGUCGGGAAACUGUUUGUGGGUGGCUUAGACUGGAGUACAACACAAGAAACGCUGAGAAACUACUUUUCGCAGUACGGGGAGGUGGUAGAUUGUGUCAUCAUGAAGGACAAAUCUACAAAUCAGUCGCGAGGGUUUGGAUUUGUCAAAUUCAAAGACCCCAACUGUGUGCGGACAGUGCUGGAGACCAAACCUCAUAACCUCGAUGGCAGAAAUAUUGACCCAAAGCCCUGUACUCCCAGGGGAAUGCAACCUGAAAAAUCUCGAACCAAGGAGGGCUGGAAGGGCAGCAAGGCCGAUAGCAAUAAGUCAAAGAAGAUAUUUGUAGGCGGGAUCCCACAUAACUGCGGCGAGCCCGAACUCAGGGACUAUUUCAAUAGGUUUGGAGUGGUCACCGAGGUGGUAAUGAUCUAUGAUGCGGAGAAGCAGAGGCCCCGAGGUUUUGGAUUUAUUACUUUCGAGGCCGAGCAGUCAGUGGACCAGGCUGUCAACAUGCAUUAUCACGACAUCAUGGGCAAAAAAGUGGAAGCCAAGAAGGCGGAGCCUCGCGACAGCAAGGCCCCCGGCCAGCUCGGCCCCGGACAGUGGGGGCCCCGCGGCAUCUUGAGCACGGCUAAUGGUUGGACGACACAGCCCGCCCAGGGCUGGCAACAGACUUACGGGCCACAGGGAGUGUGGGUGUCUACUACUGGUCAAGCCAUAGGGGGGUACGGCCCGCCGCUGACCGCCGGGAGGGCCAACCCGGCCCAGCCGCCGUCUCCCUUCAACGCCUUCCUGGUGACCACCCCGGCCGGCAGCUUCGCGGCCCCCCAGGGCUACCCCCAGCAGGCCUACGGCACCACGGCCCCCUUCGGGUACAGCUUCGCCGCGCCUCAAGCCGACCAGUACGCCCAGCAAGCCGUCCCCCCGCCCAGCACGCCAGGAGCGGCCCAGCUGGGCUUCGCACCCGCCACCACACCUACUCAGGACUUGAGCAAAGCCCCGACGGGGCAGCCCGACUUCCCUUAUAGCCAGUAUGGUUACGGCCAGGACCUGAGUGCGUUCACCACCCACACGUUCGCCGACCUCAGCCAGCAGACGGCGUCCUACGGGGCCCCGGGCCCCCAGGCCACCGCCGUGGCCCAGUCGGCCGCCACAGCGUUCGGCCGCGGCCAGAACCACAACGUCCAGGGCUUCCACCCCUACCGCCGCUGA